AUGUACAGCGUAGAAGACCUCCUGAUUUCUCAUGGAUACAAGGUGUCGCGAAGUAUCCCAGCGCCCGGCGAGGAUGAGCGCGAGGGCCACCGGCAAGCGAGGAGCCGCGCCAGAGCUGGCCAGGGCCUGCUGAAUGGGUGUGACCAUGGCCCGGCAGCCCUCCCCCCCAGCAAGCCGUCCCAGGGGAAGGGACACGCGAGCACCUCAGAGAACAGCCACCGCGCUCCCAGAGCCCAUGGAGAGCCCCAGAGCGCUUCUCCUCGAGCUUCUGAGCUGGGGUUUUAUCAUCAGCCCGUGCUAAGGUGGUCCUCUCAGCCCCAGACUGCUCACGACCACGCCUACUGGAGAAGAAGAGGGCAGGAGGUCAGUGGCCUGCUGGGGCCAAGGGACCGAGACGAUCUGGAGGUCAGAGGCAUGGCCCAAGCACAAGGUCUGCCCAUCCACACAAGGGAGGGUCCAUGGGAAGUUGGAGGAAGGACAGAGAAUGUGAUGAAGAAGGCAGUUUGGGAAGAAGAGCUGAGAAUGGCGGGACCUGCCAAGUGGCAGAAUAUAAGCCUCGAGAGCUGGAACCAGCCAAGGAAAUUAGGGCGGCAGAUGUCUGAUGGUGAUGGGGAGAAAUUAUUUCAAGAUCUGUACCCAUUCAUGCAAGGAGAGCAGGCGUUGAAUUCCCAAAGCAAAGGGAAAUCCCAGUCCCUGCCCAGGGUUCUUUCCCCCGAGAGUCUGAGUUGCAUGGACAUCCCCAUUCCAUUAAAUGAUGGACAUUUUCCAGGUGUUCCUAAAAUGCCAUUUUAUCCCCCAAAUUGUGCACCAAAUUUGGAAUCCACAAGGAACCCUGAGAAGAGCGGCUCCUCGGUCCCUUUACCCCGGCCCAAGUUUGGGCGGCCCCUCAAGCCCCCGUCCUACGACUCUCACCAGCUCUCCAGGGUGGGAGUGGAGAACAGCGACUCUCCAGACAGUCAGCCCGUAGACCUGUGUGUCUCCUACUUGAGCAGAACUCACGAGCCCAGGCUGGAGCUGUGUGUGUCCGACUCCGGUUUAGAGCCUCCGGUGUACGUGCCUCCGCCGUCGUACCGGUCACCUCCCCAGCACAUCUCCAACCCCUACGCGGAGGAUGCAGCACCCAGGCCCGAGAGCGGCGGUUCCCGUCAGCAGCAGCAUCCAGUGGAGCUGCUGGGCCCGGGUUGUCAGCUUCCUCCUGGCCCCCCGGGACCCGGGAACGAGUAUGGCGCGAGCCCCCACUCCCCUCGCGGGGUCCCCCUGCAGCCCCGGCCUACCGCCGCUUAUGACAGCUCUGUUCUGUAUAUUCCCUUUGAUGACCCACGGAUCCGACAUUUUAAACUGGCCCACCUGCAGGGCUUCUGUCAGGAAGCAAAGGCUGAUGGGCAGCCCUACAACCCCAGCCCCGGCGCCACCCCGGCACCUGCGCAUGGACACAGUCAACACGAUGGCGCCGUCUCGAGCCCGCAGAGUGCAGUGACUCCGCCAGGCAGUGUGAGUGGCUCCACCACCACCGAUCCCAGUCCCCAGUGGUCGUGGGGCCCGCGCCCCAGGGAGGCAGAGAACGGCGGCUUCCCUGAACAACGAGACCAUGGGGCCAUGAGAGGACAGUGGCCUGCCACGGGGGGCGGCCAGCAGGGACACACAGAAGGCCCAGCCUCCUCCCCCAGCCCGCAGGGCGAGAGUACCUGGGAAACUCGAACCAAGCUCAAGAAGUUUGAAACUGGGAUUCCAACCAAGAAAAGUUCAAAGAAAAAAAUGAACGAGACGAUAUUUUGUUUGGUUUCCAUCCCAGUUAAAUCCGAAUCACAUCUGCCAGAUAUAGAUAGGAACAACAAUGACUUAAAACAGAGCACUGGUAAAAAGAAUGGGCUUGAUAAGAGCCCGGCUUUGCAAGAACAAAGUCUGCUGAGCACGUCUUCCACCGACCUGGAGCUGCAAGCUCUCACAGGAAGCAUGGUUGGGAGAACAGAGUUCCAGAAACAAGAUCUGGGGGAACCAGAAGAAGGCAAACAAACAAAUGACCUCAGAUUCAUUCACCCUACAAAACACAGAGAGCUCGAGUAUUCUGGCUCAUGGCCAGGGCACCAGUACAGAGAUCAGCAAACGCAAACCACUUUCACCGAGGACUCCAAAAGCCCACGGCCCCUCGCUGCCGAGAAGCCAGGAGGGUCCCCAAAAGCCGUACUGACUCCCAGACUUUCAGACCCCCUGGCCUCUGAAGCUCACGCGCCCACGGCGUUAGCUUCCAGUGACCAGAACCAGAGGCCAAAGGCGCCUCCCCUCAAAGGUCAAAUGUCCCUCAGCCCCUCCAGCAACAGCGCUUUCUCAAGGACUACGUCCUGCGUACACCAGGCACCUGCCCCAAAAGCAGGGCCCGGUCAGGCCGGUGCAGAUGGCCGUGGCCGCAGCGCCAGCCCCGUGCCCCGGGGUGAGGUGGUGAAGGGGGAGACCACCGGCCCCUGCAACAGUAAGCAGCUGUUCGGGCAGUUUCUCCUGAAGCCCGUUAGCCGGCGCCCCUGGGACUUGAUCAGCCAGCUAGAAAGUUUUAACAAGGAGCUUCAGGAGGAGGAAGAAAGCGGUCAGAGUGGCAGUGACAGUCGCAGUGAGGACAGUGACACAGAGUGGCUGUGCGAAGGCAAGAACUGGGGCUUCGGUGAAGCCGGCCGGGCUUGGAGAGCUGAGGAACCCCGAAGGAGGCCAGCGCCGGAGGAGCCCGGGGCUCGGCCGGGAAGAGUGAAGAGCAAGUCUGAGAGCUGGAGCGAGGAGCAGAAGCCUGGGCGGUCCUGCGCCCCGCCUCAUUCCCCGGGCCCCGCGACGGUGGGGCCGGGCGGCGGCAGGGGUGCAGCCUCGCUGUGGGCACACGGAAGCCCAGUCGCGGAGGAGGGGCACCAGGAGGUGGAGCACAGAAUGAACGAGCUAGCCGUCAGCCCAGGUCCGCUGCACAGAGUGACGUCUUCUAGGUCAAGUGACACAAAACCAGCGCCCUCGCCCGAUCCAGCUGAACUGAGGCAGCCCCGGGGAAGUCAGGAGCUGCCCGGUGUUUCCAUUUCUGGGGAGCUGAGCACAGCACCCCCUUGGCGGGCUGGGGCUGGAGGGGAGAGGAGCCCGCUGCUCCCACUCUCUCUUGCCAGCAAACCCCGAGGACUUUCCGCACCGGACUUGAGGUCUGUGGGGCUGCUGCCCACACAGAAGCCGAGUACUGAUAAGUUAGAUGGGUCUUUAGGGGAAGCGAGUGCAAUAGAGAUCCCCCCGAAUGAGUCCCUUCAAGCGAGGGCUGCGAGGAUCCUGGGCAUUGAGGUGGCCGUGGAGUCCCUGCUGCCGGGCUCCAGGAGAACGGGACAGAACCAGCACCCUGGGUCUGAUGGAAGUGCCCGCGGGCCGGAGGCCCCCAGGGAGGAGUCUGUGUCCAGCUCAGCCCAGCCAGAUGACCCCCCCGUGUCCACGGACGCCUUUUAUGGCAGGAGAAAGUGCGGCUGGACCGAAAGCCCUCUCUUUGUUGGGGAGAGGGACAGUGCCCGUCGGGCUCCCCUGGCUGCUGAGCACUCAAGUGUGGACAGCACUGUCCCCAGCAAGGCCCUGAGCCCCGAGCCUCAGCCCAGCCCCCAGGAGUCCCAGGCCUUCAAUCACAAGGACCUGGGGACAAAACCACCCUUCAGGUCCACUCUGUUCCAUUUCAUAGAGAGGACCCCAAGUGUGUCAGUCUCAGAAAAGAGGCUCAGAAGCACUUCCAAAGUGAUCGAAAGUUUACAAGAGAAACUGGCCUCCCCCCCGAGGAGAGCAGACCCUGACCGCUUGAUGAGGAUGAAAGAGGUGAGUUCUGUGUCUCGGAUGAGGCUCCUGAGCUCCCGGAGCACUGACUCCAUGGAGGAGGCUGAGGAACUGAAGGCCGAGAGGGGCCCUGGGGUGCCGCCUGGAGGCCCGGUGUCUCUGAAUGCUGGGGAGCUGUCGCGGAAGGCCGGGCACCCCCCCUCUGUCUCCAGGGGCGCCCCCUCGCUGGAAGAAGAUGGCCAUCCAUUGGCACAGAGGGACAAGAAGAACGUCCAGCAGGAUUUCUGGUGCCCAGAUUCCUAUGACCCUAGCAGAGUGGAGAGGGUGUGAGGAGAUGCCAGUGAAGCCCGAGAUCACUAGAGUUUACUCACCGGGUGUCGUCUUGUCUGGCCUGUCCUCCUGGCUCGCCCGUGUGUAGGCUGGAGCCUGCUGGCUUGUAGAUCCCGUCGCAGUCUCUCCCACUGCCACCAAGGAACUCCUCGUCCCUACAGAAUCACUUUGUGGAAAUAAAGCAGUAGUCCAUUGAAACCAUCUGUUUUCAUAAUAUGAAGAGUUAAUACCUCUAUUUAGAAAGGAGUCACAUAAA